AUGACGCAAAACGGCAGCGCACGGGAACGUAUUCAUCCAAUUCCAUUGCCAAGUCGGAGUUAUGAAUAUAAAAGUUUUCAAAAUAAGUUGGCCAUUGCAUCGGGCUGGGGGCGCUAUGCAAUGGGUUCACAUGCUAUUAGCAACGUGCUGCGAUACGUUAAACUGCGAGUUAUUGACGGUGGAACCUGUAAACGUAGUUUUCCACUAUCAUUUCGCAAUACGAAUAUUUGUACGAGCGGUAAAUAUGCGCGUUCCACCUGCAAUGGCGACUCCGGUGGUCCAUUGGUUGUGCGUCGUAAGUAUACGAAUAAGCGUAUACUCAUCGGCUUGACAUCCUUUGGCAGCAUACAUGGUUGCGAUCUCGAUUAUCCGGCAGCAUUUACAAAAGUCGCUUCCUAUCUGGAUUGGAUUAGUGAUGAGGCAGGCAUUGAUUUGUGGGAUUUGUCGUCGAAUACGAUAAUUUUCAAACAAAUUUUAAAAGACUAUGUAAAGAAACAUAAAAAGUAUGUAUAUACUAAUGAGGAUGCAGCGGAGGAAGACGAAGAGUGGAUCGAUAACAUAGAGGAGCUACCACAAAUUAUGACAGCACGACAAAAACGUCCCUCUUGGGUCGGACAUACAUCAUCUACGCCAUGGUCGCUACGUGAAAAAGUGCGUUAUUCAACACCAAAAACUUAUCGAAAGUGA